AUGAAUUCUGGUCAUAUUCGUUUUGUCUAUCUGUUACUGCUCUACACAAAGACCUGUGGUUCUUCGCACUCAAGUGCUUUGUUAAAAUUGUCCGUGUCAGGUAAGUGCCGCAAUGAAAUUAAAAUUUGGUAAGAAACUAAAAUUAGGUUUGAGUAUAAAGUGAGAUUAUGCGUUCAUAUCAGGGAAUACGUUGCAUAACUGAAAAGCCUGAAAAUGUCUUAUAGAACACCAUGGAUCCUGUGGUUUUCAGAUUGCAAAAGUGUAAUUAGUAGUACGGUUUUACUGCUUUUUCCGCAGCAGGAGUGGGUUGCUGAAAAGUUAACAUUUAACUGCUGUGAGGACACCGGGGCAUAACCCCUUUUGGAAUGGAAGGAACCAAUAAAAAAAAUAACUGUAUUUAUACAGGGUAUCUUUAUCAUUUCUAUAAAAAAAAUAUGUUCCAGCUUUAUCGCAUGGAACAUAGAGAAAAUCAUGCAGUGUUUACUUCAGUCCAAUACAAUUUAUUCUUCACGCACGCGAUUGAGUUGUUUCAGUGUAAGUGCAUUCUGCCGAGUUAUACUUGCGUCUCUGAUAUUUUCUUUAACUUUUCUGCAGGUUACCGUCUAUGCGACCAUGUGAUCAGUGAACACAACACACUGAAUUUCUUGGAAUGUUCUCUAUACUGCCUCAGAAAACCUUCUCACUGUAAAUCAAUCAAUUACAAAGCGAGAAAACAUAAGCAUGCUGCUAAUAACUGCCAGCUUAACAACGCCACGAAAACAGCACAUCCUCAGAAUUUGCUGACUAAUGAAAACUAUGAUUAUUAUGAACCGCUGACGGUGCAAAAGGUAUAGUUUUAUAGGCUUUUCUGUAUAAACAAUGGAAAACAAAGUUUUAGGCAAGCAAUAAUUUUGUUUAUGUCGUUGAUAAAUGAAACAAAUUGGGUCUUAUCAAGUAUCCCCGUUUUUCCAAUCCCACCUUUCACAAAAUCGCGAGGGGAAAGAAAUCGUGAUUGGAAGGCAAAAUGGAAUUUUGCCGACAUUUUCUGGACGCUACAACGCUACUAAUACAAAAACUAUACCGUACAUAAUUGUCUUGAGUUGAAAGCUGUCAUUUUAAUUACAUUGAAGGAGGUAAAGAUAUGCAAAAUUAUUGUGUCAAUCUAACAAGAUUAAUUAAUGAAAAUCGAUAUGUUAGGGUAAAACGGUUGUGUUAUAGUUGACUUCAAUUUUGUCCUUUGAGUUUUGUUUAGGUAUUUGCAGCAACGUCGAAAUUAUAUUUUUAAACAACGAUUUCUCUAGAUAUUUUUGCAAAGAUAGGAAUCGAAUACGCAUAUUCUAUUUAAUAUUUUUGGUGUAUGACUUCAUAAUGCAAAAAUUAAAUAUAUAUUUUUUAUUGCAGGAAAUACAAAAACAAGAAAAAGUAAAUUAUGGUAUGAUAACUUCAAACACAUUCAUUGCAAUUAACAGGGUAAUCGUUCAAGGUUAGGUGAGGUCAGGUUGUAGUAGGUUGAGGUAAGAUUGAGGCUAAGUUGAAGUAAAAUUUGGUUUUAGGUUAAGUUGAACUUGGGUUGAGGUUUGGUUGAAAUUGGGUUAAUAAUUGGUUGAGGUUAUGUUGAGGUUAGGAGUGUAGUAUACUUAAUAUACUUUUUCCUUAAGCAAAAUGUUGUAAUGACCUGUACAAAUCAGGCAAGUCAACCACCGGGAUUUACACAAUCGACCCAGACGGCCAUGGAGCUUUUCGUGUUCGUUGUGAUAUGGAAACCACCCCAGGGUGGGGCUGGACUAUAUUCCAAAGACGUGUAGAUGGCUCUGAGGACUUUUACAGAAACUGGACUGACUACAAAACUGGAUUUGGCAAUUUGUCUGGUGAGUUCUGGCUCGGUUUGGACAAGAUUCAUCGCCUCUCAGCCAGUGGGCAGAAUGUACUGAGAGUUGAUCUCGAAAGUUUUGAGAACGAGACAGCCUAUGCAGUUUAUGAAUCAUUUUCUAUGGGAAAUGAAAGUGAAGUUUACAUUUUGAAUGUUGGUAACUACUCAG